UUGGCUAGUCCACCUGCCAUCCUCGCCUCCCCUCCUCCUCUCCUCGUAAAAGGAGGCGCCGAGAAGAAAAAUCAACGGAAUCUUUCGAGCUCCGCCCCGCCCCGCGGACGCUUCCCCAAGCCCCAAGCGACCGCCGCCGCCGGAAGGACCAGGCUGCCCGCGGGAGGCGGUUUCGCGAAGCUAGGCAAGCUAAGGGGCCUCCGGCGAUGUACCCGGUGGGGACGGCCCCGCGGCCGGGGUCGCGGCUGCCGGCGGCGUCACGGGUGGACAAGGCCACCAGCCAUCUGCUGCAGGGGCCCGACUGGGCCGUCAACCUCGAAAUAUGCGACACCCUCAACGCCGACCGAUGGCAAACAAAAGAUGCGGUAAAAGCAGUAAAGAAGCGGCUGCAGAAUAAGGACCCGAAAGUUCAGUUUUUCACUUUGACGCUCUUGGAGACAAUGAUGAAGAACUGUGGUGAAUAUGUUCAUUCUGAAGUUGCUGAGCUGCAUGUUUUACAAGAAAUGGUUAAAAUUGUUCAGAAGAAGCACGAUAUGCAAGUGAAGGAUAAGAUAUUGAUACUGCUGGACUCAUGGCAAGAAGCAUUUGGUGGACCUGGGGGCAAAUAUCCACAGUAUUAUUGGUCAUACAUUGAACUAAAGAGGUCAGGAGUAAUGUUCCCACGCCGUCCUAUGGAUGCCCCUCCAAUAUUUACUCCUCCUGUGACGCAUCAGUCUCAGCCAUAUGGUUCACCUGCAUAUCCCACUGGAAGUCUAAAUGACAGAAUGGCAUCUGAUGUUGAAACGCUGAGUUCAGGGGGUCUGGAUAAUAUUAGAGAUGCAACAGAAUUACUGAGUGAUAUGGUGAAUGCUUUGAAUCCUGCUGAUCGCAUGGCUGUUAAAGAUGAAAUUGUUACUGAGCUUGUCAGCCAAAGUCGUUCAAAUCAACAAAAGCUCAUGGGAUUUGUCAGUUCAACAGGGAAUGAGGAGCUACUGAAACAAGGCCUAGAAAUAAAUGACCGCUUACAAAGUGUACUUGCAAAACACGAUGCCAUCGCUUCUGGUUCUCCUUUACCUGUUGAAAUGCCAAGGAGAGAUGAGAUACCCAGAGAGGAUCCAACACCACAGCCAUCUGCACCUCCGGUUGUUGCACAAAAUGAGACCCCCGUUGAAGAGGAUGAAGAGGAUGAGUUUGCUCAGCUAGCAAAAAGAAAGAACAAAUCUGUGGUAAGUAGCGAUGAGGCAUCAUCAAGUGUUGGUGAUCAUGCCCUUAUACCUAUUGACAAUGCAACUUCUGAAGCAUCAUCUUCUGUUGCGAGCAAUGCCCUAGUUCCUGUUGAGUCAGCUUCUGUCAGUGGUACUCGGACAAAAGAGCAGGAUAUGAUCGACCUUCUAAGCCUUACCUUGUACAGUCCUCCUGAAGCAUCUACAGAUUCUUCAACUCAGAGCCAAAAUGACAGUCAGCAGACCGCCGUGUCAAAUGGGUCACAAUUACCGCCGAACUAUGAGCCUGCAACAUCGAAUGGACAACAUUACCCUUCCAACCACCAGGCAUAUCCAAUAAAUCAGGGGUACACUCCAUACAACAAUUAUGUUGCGCCCUGGGCCCAAAGUGAACAGAGUGCACAGACUGGAGCAUAUCCAGUUCAGCCUCCACAAUAUACAUCAACCUAUCCGGCACAGCCACAAUAUACAUCAACCUAUCCGGCACCGCCAUGGGCCAUGCCUACAAGUGCCAACUCUGUAAAUCCUUUUCAGCCUGCCACAUACCAAACGCCGAAUCCUCCUGUUGCUUCUGUUGCCUCAACACCUUACCCGGCUCCUUCAACACCUUAUGCUUCUCCACUGAUGCAACAUGUGCCAUCUCCAACCCCAAAUCCCAGUCCUAUGCAACAGCAAAGCUCUUUUGUUUCUCAUGCGCACAACGCCCUUGCCAUUGUUCCAGAUGCUCGAACGAAUGGAAACCAAAGACCAAAAGAAGCACCAGCGACCGCACCCAAACCCUACUACAUGCCAGACAAUCUGUUUGGUGAUUUGAUCGAUGUGAAGAGUUUCGGCGCAGCAGGCAAGACAAGCAGAUCGACAAAUGUGCCUAGUCCAAAGGGUGGUGGUCAACCUAUGAUCGGUGGAAAGAAAUAGGUCUCGCGAGUUCAAGUUAGCUACUCUGUGUCGUUUGGUUUGUACAUUUGCUGUAUAUGUGUUCGGGUCAUAUUGGUGAUAUUGUUUAAUUUUAGUUGUUGGUCGGCAUAUGUGUAUUCUUAAGAGAUGGUAGAGCAUAAUUGCUGUAAAUGAUUUGCUUCAA